UAUCCCAUAUUUUUAAGGCCAGUUUAUACAGGCACCCCACAAGCCCUUUUCCCAACAUUCCCCCAGCACACUGGGCCCCGCACAGCCGUGGGCAGCCAUGUUUCUCACUGCAUCCUGUCAACGUGGAGCAGGCAAUGCGGGCCCCAUGUCAUAGAUGAGGACACCUCAUGGUUAGGGUAGUUUCUCUCUGCUAAAUAGCAAGUUAGGAUUAUAGUCCAAGUCCUCUGGCUGAGGAGCCCACCCACCUCCACACUCCCUGUACCCCUAAGCACCAGCAAUCCUCCAAAGCAUGUCUUGCUCAGGGGCAUUAGCCCCAAAGUCAGACCACCUGUGUGGGAUCCCUGCCUGCCAUGCCAGCUCCUGUGUGACCCUGGGCUUCCGUUUCCUGUGUCUAAAGUGGGCCAGGGGUUGGGUCCUGCCUCAAGGAAUGCUGUGGGGCUGCAGGGUCCUGUUGAGUUUGAAGCUCUGAACCCACACCCUACACUCGGUCAAUGCCCUGGAGGGCCCCUGAGGUGGGGAUCUCCUCAUCCCAGAGGGGUACAAAUAGGUCAGAAGAGCCCAGGGCAGGAGGCUGUGGAGGGGCUGGUCCAUCUCUCCCAUACCCUGAGACUCACCCCAUUUUGAGCCUCCCCACCCCAUGCCACCUGCAGACAAGGUGAACCGGGAUUCCGUGCGCUCCAUCCAGAAGAGUAUCUUCACCGUGUGCCUGGAUGCGCCCAUGCCCAGGGUCUCAGAAGACGUGUACCGCAGCCACGUGGCAGGCCAGAUGCUGCAUGGGGGCGGCAGCAGGCUCAACAGCGGCAACCGCUGGUUCGACAAGACGCUGCAGUUCAUCGUGGCAGAAGAUGGCUCCUGUGGGCUCGUGUACGAGCAUGCUGCAGCGGAGGGGCCCCCUAUUGUCACCCUUCUGGACUAUGUCAUCGAGUACACGAAGAAACCCGAGCUCGUGCGGUCUCCCAUGGUGCCCCUGCCCAUGCCCAAGAAGCUGCGGUUCAACAUCACCCCCGAGAUCAAGAGCGACAUCGAGAAGGCCAAGCAGAAUCUCAGCAUCAUGAUCCAGGACCUGGACAUCACCGUGAUGGUGUUCCAUCAUUUUGGAAAGGACUUCCCCAAGUCGGAGAAGCUAAGCCCAGACGCCUUCAUCCAGAUGGCUUUGCAGCUGGCCUACUACAGGAUCUACAGGCAGGCAUGUGCCACCUACGAAAGUGCCUCCCUGCGCAUGUUUCACCUGGGCCGCACCGACACCAUCCGCUCGGCUUCCAUGGAUUCACUCGCCUUUGUCAAGGCCAUGGAUGACUCCAGCAUCACGGGGCACCAGAAGGUGGAGCUGCUGCGGAAGGCCGUGCAGGCCCACCGAGGCUAUACUGACCGGGCCAUCCGUGGAGAGGCCUUUGAUCGACACCUCCUGGGCCUGAAGCUGCAGGCCAUUGAGGACCUGGUGAGCAUGCCUGACAUCUUCAUGGACACCUCCUAUGCCAUUGCCAUGCACUUCCACCUCUCCACCAGCCAGGUCCCUUCCAAGACAGACUGUGUUAUGUUCUUUGGGCCCGUGGUCCCCGAUGGCUACGGUGUCUGCUAUAACCCCAUGGAGGCCCACAUCAACUUCUCCCUGUCGGCCUACAACAGCUGCGCAGAGACCAACGCCGCCCGCCUGGCACAUUACCUGGAGAAGGCGCUCCUGGACAUGCGUGCCCUGCUGCAGAGCCACCCCCGGGCCAAGCUCUGAGCCCCUAGGACUCAGGCCUGCCAAUGCCAUAGCCAAGCCCACCCUGGGAUGGGCCACCCACCAGGGCUCAGCCCAUUGGUUCCCUCUUCCCUGGUCCCCCCAAAUCUACUGAGUCACGGACCACAUCCUCCAGGGGGCCUGCAGGCCCCAGCCAAGUGCCUUCCGUGGGUCAACUCAGCACCUGCCAGGGCCCGACCUGGGGCUAAGUGCAGAGGCUGAGCGGGAUGUUAGGCCCAGGCCCCUGGUGCCUCCUCUACCGGUGCCUCCUCUGGGGAAGGGAAGCAGCCCUCUGGAACAGGAGACUGGCAAGAGCUCUUUAUCUCACCAGCUCGGCCCCGGCCACUCCCUGCCAUCUCUAUGACCAGGCCAGCGUCUGUACCCUGCUUCCCAAACUCCCAAGACCUGGAGACAGGAUUGUCUGGGGCCAAGAGGCCAGGGUGUGAGGUUUCACCUCCGUGGCGGCUGUGUUCCUGCGGAUAGCAUGGCUAGCAAGCCACCUCUGGUUCCACUCAGCUUGGUUCCUGCCCCUGCCCUGUUGUAUGAUAUUUAUAUGCAAGGUCAUCAAUAAAUGGGAAUUGUGUUGGUGAA